GUGUAGUAUAAAAAUCCUAACUCGUGUUAAAUAUGAUAAUUUGUGGUGCAGCAUCCGUCAAUCACAUAGAAUUAUAGCUAGUGAAAUGACGUGUUUGAAGACUAUCGCCUUGCUGUUAUCAGUUUCAGUUAAUUUGUCCUCAGGUACAUUAUCAUGCGGUUUCAACGAAAUAAUAGACGAAUGUCCGUCAGACUGCGCCUAUGACUACUGUCCAAAGCACGAGCUCCAGGAUAGAACACCAUGCCCUAAACCUGAAGUUUGUCCGCCACCGGCUUGCAAGUGUGGCUUCAACUAUCGCAGAGCUGAAAACGGCACGUGCAUACCGACUACAGAAUGUCCUCCGUUUGUGUGUUCCCGCGUCAAUGAAGAGUUCAAUCCCUGCCCAUUCUAUUGUCCUUCUGACAAUUGCAGGGAUGCAUCGCCUACUGGAGAAUGUCCAUUUUUCCUGUUUAUCGUCGUGAAUUGCAGCCCGUCUUGUAGAUGUAUCAAACACCACUGGAGGAAGGAUGGCGUUUGUGUCCCUUAUAAUGAGUGCCCCAAGCACAACGAAGUCUUACUACUGGAUGAAACAACAACCACAAGAGUUAAUUAACGGUAUAUCAGAUACGUGUUUAUAAAAUAUCAACCGUGUUAUCUAUCCAAAGAUUUUAAUAAUGUAAUUCCGUUUUUCUGCGGAAAGAAACCAUUUAUGUGUAUCUUAUUGAUUUAUUAAGCAAUACGUCCUUAAAUUAUUUGGAUAUGCUUAAAUAUUAAAAGCAUUUUAUAUUAAAUAUAUUAUUAUAUAAUACGCAUUAUUAAUAAUCUU